AGGCGCAGCCCCUUCGGCUGCAAGCGGACCCUGCGAAGGGCGGUGUCGUCUGGGCGGCACUGCCGAGACCCCCACCCAGGACGGCGCCCCCUCCCCGGGCCUCUCUCCCCUCUCGCCCGCCCGCGGGUCCCCCCGUCCCCUUGGCCUCUGGAAUCUGAUACCGUGGGGGGUGAGGUGAGAGCAGGCCCGGGGAGGGAGGUUAAGCACUGAGGAGCUGCCGCCGCUGUCAAGAUGAUAGAGGUCCCGACAACAACUGACUCUCAGAAACUGCUACAGCAGCUGAACGCUCUGUUGGAACAGGAAGCUCGAUGCCAGCCGAAGGUCUGUGGCUUGAGACUGAUCGAGUGUGCACACGAUAAUGGCCUCAGAAUGACGGCUCGGCUGAGGGACUUCGAAGUAAAAGAUCUUCUUAGUCUAACUCAGUUUUUUGGUUUUGACACGGAGACAUUUUCUCUAGCUGUGAAUUUGCUGGACAGAUUCCUGUCUAAAAUGAAGGUACAGCCCAAGCACCUUGGAUGUGUCGGUCUGAGCUGCUUUUAUUUGGCUGUAAAAUCAACAGAAGAGGAAAGGAAUGUGCCAUUGGCAGCUGACUUGAUCCGAAUAAGUCAGUAUAGGUUCACGGUUUCAGAUUUGAUGAGAAUGGAAAAGAUUGUAUUGGAGAAGGUGUGUUGGAAAGUCAGAGCUACCACUGCCUUUCAGUUUCUGCAACUGUAUUACUCCCUCCUUCAAGAGAACUUGCCAUUUGAGAGGAGAAACAGCCUUAAUUUUGAACGACUAGAAGCUCAACUUAAGGCAUGUCACUGCAGGAUCAUAUUUUCUAAAGCAAAGCCUUCUGUAUUGGCAUUAUCUAUCAUUGCAUUGGAGAUUCAAGCACAGAAAUGUAUAGAGUUGACAGAAGGAGUAGAAUGUCUUCAGAAACAUUCCAAGAUAAGUGGCAGAGAUUUGACCUUCUGGCAAGAGCUUGUAUCCAAGUGUUUAACUGAGUAUUCAUCAAACAAGUGUUCCAAACCAAAUGUGCAGAAGUUGAAAUGGAUUGUUUCUGGGCGUACUGCACGGCAACUGAAGCAUAGCUACUACAGAAUAACUCACCUUCCAACAAUUCCUGAAAUGGUUCCUUAAUUGGUCAGUUUGGGUCACUGCUAGUCUCCAUGCAGAGGAAAGUAUCCAGUACUAUGACUUCUUUUUAUAAGAAUUAGGAUAUCAAUAUUUUCAAAGUAAACAAAAUGGAAUUGCAGAAGGGAAGUGAAUGCACUGAUCUAGUCAGCUAAUAUUUGAAGACAUUUUCUGCGUAUAGCACUCUACAGAGAGGUUGGAAUUAUCCAACCUCUGAUGCAUAUGUAAGUCAUACCAUCCCUCAGGCAAAAACAAACACAACCAAAAACCCCCAGCAGCUUCCACAACAACCCCAAGUUUUAAAAGUGUCAGUAAAAUCAUAUUUUCUUUUUGAUCAUAAUCAUACUCCAUUUAGACCCAUGGCUCAUUUAUAGGUAUGUUAACCAGAGUACAAUUAGACCAAACUUUUGGAUCCUAUGUGGACUAAUUUGAGUAUGUUCGCUUAUAAGCUAGAUCAAUAUGAUCUUAUAUUUUAACAUUUCAACUGCAUUUAAGGAAAAAGCAAGACAUGGCAAAUCCAUCUGCACUUUAGGUAUUUGGAAGCUGUAAGUGUCUCAACAUUCCAGUUACUAAAACUGAUGGAAUUCUAGAAAGCAGUUAAAUGCAUUAAAAAAGUAAACUUGGAAUCAUCUCAUAUAUUUUUGACACGUCUUAAUUAUGAUUUAUCUUUUUCCACUCAAUAUUUAACACAUGUAUGAUUAUGAAUUUCAAAUAUGAUCAACUCAUUUUUAAUAACACUUCACAGAUGUCUGAUAAGUUGGGUUUUUGGUGGUGGUUUUAGGGAGUAUUAUUAGAGUAACAUGCAACAAAAACUCUUCUUUGAAUCUUUUCUCCACCAUCCUGAGCUAUGGAUUUCAUAUUAUCUUGAGUUUAAAUUUGAAGCCUUCUAACUUCACUAGAUUAGAAUGAUGCCCUCAGGUUUAGGAAGACUGUCUAAUUAAUAUAUACUGUAGUGGAAUUAUCUGUAGGUAUGAAUUCAUCUGUGAUGUAAAGUUAAAGCAUAAAUGUGAAGCACUAAUGACAAGACUGGGAAAGUAAACUGUGAAUCGUUUCUUAACACUGAUUUAGCUUUCUAUAUCUGAUUGAGUAUGAUUGAUGUGUUUAGGUAGUAUUAAAAAGGCUAACCUACAUAAUUUAAAUAAUUUAAAUUAUGAGGUUUUCAUCAAAAUAACAUUUCACAAAUAAUAAAAGUUAGUGCUUUAGGCAGUGAAAAUUGCUUCUUGUCACCCAAAAUGCAAAUAUAAUCCUGACAUGGAGACAAUACCAGGACAGGGGAAUUACAUUUAAAUUAGAAGCAUUUUUUAGAAAGCAGGGAGAAAACAAAUAUGGAAAGUUUGGAAAAUGCAUAAUCAUGAAUAUUUUUUCGAGGAAAAUGGUGGUUUAUACAUAUGAUAAAAUAUUUUAUACUGAAUCAGUUGCCUCAAUCUAGUUUUAUCAAGAAAUUUGUUUUCUAUUUCAUCAGUUGCUUGAAUUAUCACUUUGAGAACUUAUUUUAGCCCACUAAAGUAAGUUCAGACAAGCUUUAACACUCCAGAUGUAUUUGUUAAGUACUGGUUUUAAUAAAAUUGCCAUUGCUUCUUAAUUUAAAAUUUUAGAAUUUUAUCUGAAAGGAGAAUAUACAUUAAUGCCUGUCCUGCAUCUUGAGAAUAGUAGAUACUUUCGCAAAUAGGUCACUGAGGCAGAGUUCAGUAAACAUGGCUAGUCAGCGAGAGUAAGGCCGGUGACUGUGUCGAAGUGCCACGGGUGAUGAACAGAACGGCGCAUGGCUGAAGUUCAGAAUGGCUGUGAUGAGCUUUGAUGUUGUGUUGUGGGUAAAUAGGAAAU